AUGGACCGAUUCGUGGUUAAACUGCCCCGCGGGCGGGCGGGGGACGGCGGCGGAGAGGGGAAGAGGCCGCGGCUGGAGGAGCCCGGCCCGGAGCGGCCGCCGCCGCGGGAGAUCCGCGCCGAGGGGCUCAGCUGUGAUUACCGCAUCCUCUUCGGCAAGGCCGAGGCGGACGAGAUCCUCCAGGAGCUGGAGAAGGAGGUGGAGUAUUUCGAAGAUGACUUGACAAAACUGCAGGUAUUUGGCACGUGGCACAAGAUUCCCAGGAAGCAGGUCACGUACGGAGACCCCGGCUUGUCCUACACCUACUCGGGGGUCACAUUCCACCCUAAGCCGUGGAUCCCAGUGCUGAGCCGGAUCCGGGAGCGUGUCACCUCGGAGACAGGGCACACCUUUAACUUCGUCCUCAUCAACAGGUACAAAGACGGCCUGGACCACAUCGGGGAGCACCGGGACGACGAGAAGGAGCUGGUUCCCCGCAGCCCCAUCGCCUCCGUGUCCUUCGGAGCCUGCCGCGAUUUCGUGUUCCGCCGCCGGGGGAAGGCAGGGCCGGCGGGCACGGCCAGGAUCGCCCUGGCGCUGGCCCACGGCAGCCUGCUCCUCAUGAAGCAUCCCACAAAUCUGCACUGGUACCACAGCCUGCCCCCCCGCAGGAGGGUGCUGGCCCCCAGGGUCAACCUCACCUUCAGGAAAAUCCUGCCCGGGGUCAAGCAGGGAAAGGUGCAGCCGUCGGGGGCUGUGGGAUGUGAGAAGUGAAGCUUUAAUCGCUGCUGUGGUGACCCAAGGGACUGGAGGAGCAAAUGGACACAAGAGGUUUGGGAAUUUUGCUGCUAAAGCCUGUGGCCGCUGAAAGGUUUUUCCCUCUGGGAAAAGUUGCUGCAGUCCUGCUGGUCCUUAUUUUUGCUGAUUCCUGUUUUGCUCGGGAAGAAGUUUGUUCUCAGCUGAUCUUUGUCUAAGCAGUGAUCCAAGAAGAUGAAAAUGCUGCUUAGCCCGGAGGCAGCAGUUUAUAAACACUGGGAGCCACAAACUGUGGUCGUUUAAAGCUGAUACCAUACAGGGGACACUUUCUGUCAAGGAGAUCUGGUUUGCUUGGGGUUUUGAAAUUAAAAUAAAACAAAAAUGAGCCUGACAUGGAGAAGGGGAGUGCUGAGGUGUGAGGACAGGCUGGGUGAGUGUUUGAGUCACUGUGGCUUCUGUCUGCUUGAAUUCCUCUGCUCCUGCAGGAGGAAGCACAGGAUUUUUCCUCUCUCAGGUCCUUUGUAUAAAAACCAGGCAGCAAAAAAAUGCCCUUGUGAGGAAGAGCUGGGUUGUCCCAUUUCCAUUGGAAGGCUGUCACUCUGAGAGUGUUUUCCUAAAUAAUUAUCCCUAGGGAUCCCAUCCUGACUCCCUGAAUAAAGUGUGGUAAAAAUAAAAA